AUGCAUGCAUUGGCCUGGUGGAUUGUGGGCGGAGUGCUUGUUGCGGCUCUAUUUCUAUUCUUCGUUUUCGCUCUCUAUUUCUCGAUUCCAUCAAAGAGAAAAUUUGAGUUGAAAGGGAAACACGCGUUGGUUACAGGUGGUUCAAAGGGAAUUGGGAAACAACUGGCGUUGAGUCUCCUUUCUCGUGGGGCGAAUGUGACAAUUGUUGCGCGAAAUGAACGCGAUUUGAAGAGUGCCACCACGGAGUUACAAACCUACGCCGAUCAACGAGGUCAAGGGCAAAAAGUUCAAUGGGAAAGCGCGGAUCUUUGCGGAGCCUACGAUCAGAUAGAACCAAUUGUACGAAAAGCCGAAGAAACCUUUGGACCAGUUGAUGUCCUCAUCAACAAUGCCGGUCACUCUGUGCAGGAUAGCUUUGAGAAAUUGCCCGUUGAAUCAUUUGAGGAUCAAAUGAGAGUCAACUAUUUGAGUGCGGUUCACAUGACGCGAGCCGUUGUUGGAUCAAUGCAAGAACGAAGAGCCGGGCAUAUUUCUUUUGUUUCGAGUGCCGCCGGGCAGUGUGCGAUUUAUGGAUACACCGCAUAUUCCCCAACGAAAUUCGCCCUUCGUGGUUUGGCUGACUCGUUGCACAUGGAGUUUUUACCGUAUAAGAUCUCGGUGGCUGUCCUCUAUCCACCGAACACCGACACAGAAGGCUUUCAGCUAGAAAUUGACACGAUGCCACUCGAGACAAAACUCAUCAGCGAGGCUGCCGGUCUUUUCUCGCCAAAAGAUGUUGCCGAAGCCCAUAUCAACGACAUCAUAAACGGUGAAACGGCGACGGCUAUGGGCUUGGACGGUUGGAUGUUGGGUGUUUUAACGGCUGGAGCCUCUCCGGAACACAAUUUGUUCAGAGCUGUUGUACAGACAUUGUUGAGUGGGAUUUUCCGGGCCGUCAUGCUCUUGUAUUUGGGAUAUUUCAACGGGAUCGUCAAGAAAUGCUACAAAGGACGGCUCGCUUCAGCUGCUAAUCGA